AUGCACAAUAAAUAUCACAAACAAUGUCCCAAUAAAUUUACGUCCGUAUCGGUGCUCACCAUCGGAUCAACAGAUACACAAUUUAAAUGGGAUACCGAUUGUGAAAAUUCAUUCAAUUGGGUUAAAACAUACCUAACAAACAAACCAGUCUUAUCUAUAUAUGACUCAAAUAAAGAGUGCAUACUCUAUACAGAUGCCAGCAAAAUAGGUACCGGAGCCGUGCUUAAGCAGAUGCAAAGUGACAGUAAACUACACCCUAUAGGCUACUUCUCUCGUAAGUUAUUAAACUAUCAGAAAAAUUAUAAUGUCUCAGAGCUUGAGUGUUUAGCACUAGUUCAGGCGCUUGACUACUGGCAUCAUUAUCUCUACGGCAAUCAAGUGAUUGUAUACUCAGACCAUAACCCAUUAAAGUGGUUAAACUCAAUUAAAAAACCGACAACACGUUUGUUCAAUUGGGCUCUCAGGAUAGGACAGUAUAAUCCUGAUGUCAGGUAUAUUACUGGUAAAACUAAUAUCGGUGCAGACCUAUUGAGUAGAAACCCUGUACUCGAAGGUCCGGCACAGCAACCGUUUGAUAUCAUAUCCAUUGAUACAGUCGGUGGUCUGGCCGGGUAUAACUCAAAGAAACAGUAUAUUCAUGUAGCUAUUGAUAACUUCAGUCGCUUCCUAUGGACUACCGCUUCCAGUACUCAAAGUGCUAAGGAUUUUAUACAAUUAAUCAAAAAUGUUUGUCAAACACAUAAACCAAAACUAAUUCUGGCCGACAGUGGCAAUCAUUUGAGUCAAUUGAGUCACUUUAAUGGCUGUACAAGUCUUCACACACUUGUCCUCCACAGCAACUCUAUGACCACAAUACCACUGUUCAAGUGUUGCCAACACCUACAGGUGCUCGACAUUAGCAACAAUUGUUUUGAUGAAAAACUAAUAACAGGCAAUAAUUUGGAUAUUUUAUUCAAUAACUGUUCGUCAUUGAAACACUUGGAUAUGAUUGCUUCGGGAGGUUUUAACGCCCGAAAUGUGAUUAAUAGAUCACAAUAUCUAACAGUUCCGGUCAACGAACGUCUCAUCCAUUUGGUAGACAUGACAAGUGCUGUCAGUCACUGUCAGAUAGCUAUUAGCAAUUCAUUCAUCAAUUCUGCGGUCUGUGUGGAGGUGUUGUCUGAGUCAGAGCUGGUAUUAUGUCUAAUAAAUGGCACAAAAUAUGCGCCAAUUAUUAAAUCAAAUUUCAGUUCAAUACUCGAACAAGAAUUAGGUUGUAUUGAAACUAAAAACCAUUACUUAAAGAACAGCAUAUUAUCGAUGUUUAAGCUUUUAAGUGAUAGAAAGUGUGAAAACUUGAAUAACGUUAACAUCAUAUUAGCCCAUCUGAAGCUCAACACAGAUGGUGGUCCCGUAACAGUCAAAGUGGCCACUUGUGGUCAAUGGAUAAGUUUGCGUCAGGUGCCGCUUAAUCAAAAUUGUAAUAAUAAUAAUUGUAAUCAUCUUAAUAAUAGCAAUCAUAGCAACAGUAGCUGUAAUAAUAACAGCAAUAAUAAUAAUUCAAGUAAUAAUAGUAAUAAUAGCCGUUCGCCUAAAAUUAUAAACCUGUGCUCAAAGCCGUCAACAAUAGAUCAUAAUCACAAGCCUUUACUCAGAAGGAACUGUAGUAUAAUGAGACAACAGGAGAACGGAUUCAUUGGUGAUCCCAUUUGUCACGAAUUGACUCUAUCGGCAACCGAUAAUCGGGAUCAGUGGGCGCUGUUGAUGGGUAUCAGUGUUGUCGAUCACGAGGAGGAAGAUAUGAUCCAAGAGUUGUUUGCUUCCAAUAAUUCAACAGCAAGUUUGAUGACACUAACAGAUAAACUUAAACGAUAUACAGAAGUCAUAAAUGCCAAAAACAAUUACCUAAACAAUUGCGAUGAUUGUGAUAAUCAUUGUUUUGGAGCCAACUUUCUCGCGCUGGCUAUUCAUCGCAAAUCAUUGAUUCACGAGAACAGAAAUAUCAUAACAAGCGGUUCCAGCAGUAGUGGUGAAGAGGAUAUGAGUCUACAAUCGUCGAGUUGUAACACAUCGGACACCAAUGACUCGGAGCACUCGGAGAAGUACCGGAGCUGGGAAUACAUACUCGAAGAAAACCAUAAAUGUUUGUUCAGUAAAGAGUUGGAAGCACUGAAAGAGGUCGACACCAAUAAGUUUGAUAGCAUAUCAAGUCGUAAAUAUAAGUCUACUUCGGCACCAAUUAUUUCAUUACAACAAUUCAUCACUACUUCCAACAAAAAAUUUGAUUCAAAUGUGCUUUAA